AUGUACGCUUACUUGGAUGAGUCUUUAGUCGAUUUGAAUCAGCACUUACCACGUUUGCCAUCGGUGUACAUUCGAGCGUACACAGAGUACGCCAUCCAAGCCUGGGGCUCAUGGUUGCAACCUGCUGCUCACACUGGUCCCGUACUAGGCCUCACACAUUCCCCAGAUGGCAUGCAUUUGUUCACUUGGGGUGGUGCUGGUGCCAGUGAGAACACACUUUGCCUGCGAAUGUGGUCCACCGCUCCGGGUGAUUGUGAUUUGCCUUGCAGAGUGGAUGCUGACGCACACAAUUACCACUGUCCACAACUUCGACCGGUCAACUUUGGUGUGGUUCAUGCCGAUAGUGCCGAACUGGAUCCGUUUUCGUCACGUACUCACAAUCGUUUAUCGCAGGACCAACAAGGAUCACGAACCCGGGAGUCGCUGUCCACCCGAACACAGCCGGCGAGUUCGAGAGUACAAAGGACUCCUGUCCGGUUAGACGCCACUUACUGUCCGUCUGGAGACGCUUGGGGUGCCCCAGCGGCGUUCGUCGGUUAUAAGUUCUGCAUGAUCCGCCAGAGCGGUUGUUUUCUGGUAUGCGCCACGGGAAGACGGGGCGAAUCCGCCUAUAUCGAUGCGGCAUGUUGA